AUGAGUACGGACGCAGAGAUGGCCGUUUAUGGCAAAGCUGCCAUUUACCUCCGUAAGCCAGAGAAGGAGAGAAUCGAGGCUCAGAGCAAACCUUUUGAUGCCAAGUCUGCCUGCUACGUGGCCGAUGCCAAGGAGCUGUACUUGAAGGGAACAAUCAUCAAGAAAGAUGGUAACAAAGUCACCGUCAAAGUCCUGGACACUCAGGAGGUUAGUAUCAUGAAAGGCAAGAAGCGUAUGGAGGCUCCACCCCACAUCUUCUCAGUCUCUGACAACGCUUUUCAGUUCAUGCUUACUGAUAGAGAGAACCAGUCUGUCUUGAUCACUGGAGAAUCUGGAGCUGGAAAGACUGUGAACACCAAGCGUGUCAUCCAGUACUUUGCAACAAUCUCAGUUGGUGGAGACAAGAAGAAGGACACAUCAAAGGGGUCACUGGAGGAUCAGAUUAUUGCUGCCAAUCCCCUGCUGGAGGCCUAUGGUAACGCCAAAACUGUGAGGAAUGACAACUCUUCUCGUUUUGGUAAAUUCAUCAGAAUCCAUUUCGGCACAACUGGCAAACUGGCUAGUGCUGAUAUUGAGACAUAUCUGCUGGAGAAGUCUAGAGUGACAUUCCAGCUUCCUGAUGAAAGAGGCUACCACAUCUUCUACCAGAUGAUGACCAACCACAAACCCGAGCUGAUUGAAAUGUCACUCAUCACAACCAACCCCUACGACUUCCCCAUGUGCAGCCAGGGUCAGAUCACUGUGGCCAGCAUUGAUGACAAAGUUGAGCUGGAAGCCACUGAUAACGCUAUUGAUAUCCUGGGCUUCACUAAUGAAGAGAAGAUGAGCAUCUACAAGAUGACUGGUGCUGUGCUUCACCAUGGCAACAUGAAGUUCAAGCAGAAGCAGCGUGAGGAGCAGGCUGAGCCUGAUGGCACAGAGGAUGCUGACAAGGUUGCUUACUUGCUGGGUCUGAACUCUGCUGACAUGCUGAAGGCUCUGUGCUAUCCCAGAGUGAAGGUCGGAAAUGAGUUUGUCACCAAAGGACAGACUGUACCUCAGGUGAUGAACGCAGUGCCUGCGCUGGCCAAGUCUAUCUAUGAGAGGAUGUUCUUGUGGAUGGUCAUCCGCAUCAACCAGAUGUUGGACACUAAACAGUCAAGGCAGUACUUCAUUGGUGUCCUGGAUAUUGCUGGCUUUGAAAUCUUUGAUUACAACAGCAUGGAGCAGCUGUGCAUCAACUUCACCAAUGAGAAACUGCAACAGUUCUUCAACCACCACAUGUUUGUCCUGGAGCAAGAGGAGUACAAGAAGGAGGGUAUUAUCUGGGAGUUCAUUGACUUCGGCAUGGACUUGGCUGCCUGCAUUGAGCUGAUUGAAAAGCCCAUGGGCAUCUUCUCCAUCCUUGAAGAGGAGUGCAUGUUCCCCAAGGCCACAGACACUUCCUUCAAGAAUAAGCUUUAUGACCAGCAUCUUGGCAAAAACAAAGCAUUUGAGAAACCAAAGCCCGCCAAAGGCAAGGCUGAGGCCCACUUCUCCCUGGUGCACUAUGCUGGUACCGUGGACUACAAUAUCAAUGGCUGGCUGGACAAGAACAAGGAUCCACUGAAUGAUUCUGUUGUGCAGCUGUACCAGAAGUCCUCAGUUAAACUGCUGCCUGUUCUGUAUCCUCCUGUUGUUGAAGAGACCGGUGGCGCCAAGAAGGGAGGCAAGAAGAAGGGUGGUUCUAUGCAGACUGUGUCUUCACAGUUCAGGGAGAACUUGGGCAAGCUGAUGACUAACUUGAGGAGCACCCAUCCUCACUUUGUGCGCUGCCUGAUUCCCAAUGAGUCAAAGACUCCAGGUCUGAUGGAGAACUUCCUGGUCAUCCACCAGCUCAGGUGUAACGGUGUGCUGGAGGGUAUCAGAAUCUGCAGAAAAGGUUUCCCCAGCAGAAUCCUCUAUGGUGACUUCAAGCAGAGGUACAAGGUGCUUAAUGCCAGUGUCAUUCCUGAGGGCCAGUUCAUUGAUAACAAGAAGGCUUCAGAGAAGCUGCUUGGCUCAAUUGAUGUCAAUCAUGAUGAGUACAGAUUCGGACACACCAAGGUGUUCUUCAAGGCCGGUCUGCUGGGUACCCUUGAGGAGAUGAGAGAUGAAAAGCUGGCAUCUCUGGUCACCAUGACUCAGGCUCUCUGCCGUGGUUAUGUCAUGAGAAAGGAGUUUGUGAAGAUGAUGGAGAGGAGGGAAGCCAUCUAUACCAUCCAGUACAACGUCCGCUCAUUCAUGAAUGUGAAACACUGGCCAUGGAUGAAGGUGUACUACAAGAUCAAGCCUCUGCUGAAGAGUGCUGAAACUGAGAAGGAGCUGGCCCAGAUGAAGGAGAACUACGGAAAGAUGCAAUCAGACUUGGCUACUGCCCUGGCCAAGAAGAAGGAACUGGAGGAGAAGAUGGUGUCCAUUAUACAGGAGAAGAAUGAUCUGCAGCUGCAAGUAGCAUCUGAAUCAGAGAAUCUGUCAGAUGCUGAGGAGAGAUGUGAAGGACUCAUCAAGAGUAAGAUUCAGCUGGAGGGAACUCUGGAACAUGAAGAGUCUAAGAUCCUGCGUGUCCAGCUGGAGCUCAACCAGAUUAAGGGUGAGGUGGACAGGAAGCUGGCAGAGAAAGAUGAGGAGAUGGAGCAGAUCAAGAGGAACAGCCAGAGGGUGAUUGACUCCAUGCAGAGCACUCUGGAUUCUGAGGUCAGGAGCAGGAACGAUGCCCUGAGAAUCAAGAAGAAGAUGGAGGGAGACCUGAAUGAGAUGGAGAUUCAGUUGAGCCAUGCCAAUCGCCAGGCUUCUGAGUCCCAGAAGCAGCUGAGGAAUGUGCAGGCACAGCUGAAGGAUGCUCAACUGCACCUUGAUGAUGCUGUCAGAGCCCAGGAUGACCUCAAGGAACAAGCUGCUAUGGUGGACCGCAGGAACGGUCUCAUGGUGGCUGAAAUUGAGGAACUUAGAGCUGCUCUGGAACAGACAGAGAGAAGCCGCAAAAUCGCUGAGCAGGAGCUGGUGGACGCCAGUGAGCGUGUUGGACUUCUGCACUCUCAGAACACAAGCCUUCUGAACACCAAGAAGAAGCUUGAGGCUGACCUGGUCCAGAUCCAGAGUGAAGUGGAUGACACUGUUCAGGAAGCAAGGAAUGCAGAGGAGAAAGCCAAGAAGGCCAUCACUGAUGCUGCUAUGAUGGCUGAGGAGCUGAAGAAGGAGCAGGAUACUAGCUCUCACCUGGAGAGGAUGAAGAAGAACCUGGAGGUCGCUGUUAAGGACCUGCAGCACCGCCUGGAUGAGGCUGAGAACCUGGCCAUGAAGGGUGGCAAGAAGCAGCUCCAGAAACUUGAGUCUAGGGUGCGUGAGCUGGAGACAGAGGUUGAGGCUGAGCAGAGACGUGGAGCGGAUGCUGUUAAGGGUGUCCGCAAAUAUGAGAGGAGAGUAAAGGAGCUCACCUAUCAGACUGAAGAGGACAAGAAAAAUGUUACCAGGCUGCAGGAUCUGGUUGACAAGUUGCAGCUCAAGGUGAAGGCCUACAAGAGGCAGGCUGAGGAAGCGGAGGAGCAGGCAAAUGUUCAUCUGUCCAAGUGCAGGAAGAUCCAGCAUGAGCUGGAGGAGGCUGAGGAGCGCGCUGACAUUGCAGAGUCCCAGGUCAACAAACUGAGAGCAAAGAGCCGUGACUCUGGAAAGGUAAAUAUACAGCUGGAAAAGACGCAGCUGAGUAAAGCACACUAG